UCCCCUUUCCCCUGUCCUGGCUCUCUACCUCACCGUUUCUUUCCUGCCCUCAGUGGUACAGAGAUGACUGAAAAGGAGGUUGAGAAUGCGUUUACCCAGCUUGCACUGGCGUUCCGUUGUGACCAGUACACCCUGACCCAGAGACUGCAGGCUGAGGAACACGACAGAACAGUGGCCCAGGAGAACCUCAUCCUUGAACUGGAGCAAACCAGAAACACACUGCAGUAUCUGAGAGGUAGAUGUGUAGACGCUGAGAUGCUGAGUCGUAUUGAGGCCAGUCUGGACACAGUGCUGGACGGCGUGAGUGACAUCAUCGCUGCUGCUGAGAUGCUGGGGACCGUGCACCAGGAGGCGCGCGUGUGUCAUUCUGUGGAGAUGAUGGGUAUCCACGUGGAGUAUCUGAAGCGGCGUCACGCUGUGGAGAGAUCCGAGCUGCUGGAGACCAGGAAGUUUUUCCACCGCAGCCGGGGCAGGAGACACAGCGAUUCAGAGGAUGGAGACGUUAGGCACCUGUUUGCCAGGCGAGACUCCCAACAGACCCUCCUUCGGCGAAGAGUCAGCGUCACACUAAUCCCAACGGGAUCCCAGCUCAGCGACCUGGAGACCAAGUUCCAGGAGGGUUGCAGGGCCAGUGCUGACACUGACAGCCAGGGGCCAGAAGGGGGCAGUGUGAACCAAGCCAGCAGGCCCUCUGAGAUGUCCCCCCACCACACCCCCCUCCUGUUCAGACAGAGCUCCACACAGAGCUCCCAGAGCCUGGAGGAAGAGAACGAGGUAGCCCCUCACACCAGUUCCCGGCAGAUGACGCUACAUCACAGGCGGAGGUCUGCAAUAGUGGCGCGUGAGGCUAGUUCAGAGGAGGCCGAAGCCAAGGAGUCAAGAGCGGGGUCUGGAGUAGGAGCGGGGUCUGGAGCAGGCACAUCCGAGACCUGUGAGCUCAGUACCUGUAUUGCUGAAUCAGUCUGCACCACAGAACCGCUAGUGGUGCUGUCAGAGCAGCGCCCCCUAGCUACGUGGCUGUCUUACUGGAUGUGGAUGGUGCUGCUCCUCCCUGCUCUCUACUUCUUCCUGCUGCUGGGGUUCCUCCUCUGGGGUCUGAAAGUUCCACACCACAGCUCUAGCUUCUGACAUCUCAGCUCUACACCACAGAGUUCUGGGAUCCACGUUCUGAGAUAUGACUUAAUAUUAUUUAUGCAAUUUAGCUGACGCUUUUAUCCAAAGCAACUUACAGUCAUGCAUGCCGUGCAUAUUUUUACUUCUGUACCACUGAGGUCUAAGAACUGAAUUCUGAGCUAUGCACCACCACCAACUGAGGUAAACUGGGCCUGGCUCUGUGAACGCAAGAGUUCCCAUAGUGUGGUCUGCAGUUGGGCUCUGCUCAACUACCGGAGUCUCUCGCUGUGUAGUGAGUUUAAGAGGGGUGAGAGUAACGGAGUUAAGAAUGUGCAGUAAACUCAUUCCACAGCUAGCUUGAAAUGUCACCAAUGGAUAGCAAACUGGAUCCUUUUCUAUAGCUCAAUUGGUUGGUACAGUACGUUGUUGUCACGCCUACUCCCUCCCUCAGGCGCUCGAUGUUGCCGGUCUACUAACCACUGGUCCUUGCAACCCACAUUGCGUGCACCUGGCAACCAUCAUUACGCACAGCUGCUCCCCAUCAUUAAGCACACCUGGACUUCAUCACCACCCUGA